CACACACACAGACACACUGUUAGGUGACUCGAGACAACACCAAGCUAUAUAUCCAUAACAUUUGCUGAGGACCUAGGUCAGACCCAUACAGGACCCCUGAUUGUUGGUUCAGUCUUUGUGAGCCCCUAUGAGCCCUGGGUAGUUGAUUCUGUGGGCCAUUUUCUUGUGUUCUUGACCCCUCCUCUUCCAUAGGAAUCCCUGAGCUCUGCCUAAUAUUUAGCUGUGGGUCUCUGUAUCUGCUCCCAUCAGUAGCUGGAUGAAUGCUCUCUGAUGAUUAUGCUAGGCUCUAGUUUAAAAGUAUAUCAGAGUACCAUUAGGAAUCAUUUCAUUGACUUAUUUUAUUUAUUUAUUUUCUGAGCGGUCUCUUCUGUGUAGCAUUGGCUGUUUGGGAACUCACUUUAUAGAGCAGAGUUGGCCUUCAACUCAGAGAUGCCUCUGCCUCCAAUGUGCUGUAAUUAAAGGCAUGUACCAUCACCACCCAGUGAUUUUUUAAAUUCUUUUUUUUUUUUUCAAUAGUAUUUGGUUCUAUCCUAGGUCUUUGGGCUAUCCAGCCUCUGGUCUCUUGCCCUCCAGGCAGUGUCAGGCAUGGGCUUUCUCUCCCAUGGUAUGGUUUAAGAUUUAUGUAUAUGGGUGUUUUGACUUCAUGUACAUCUAUACACCAGAAGAGGGUAUUGGAUACCCUGGGACUACAGUUAUAGACAGUUGUGAGCUGCUGUGUGGAUUCUGGGAAUUGAACUCAGGGAUUUCAGAAGUUCAGCCUUCUGCACUGAACCAUCUCUCUAGCCCCCAAUAGUGAUUGAUUUUUAAGUGAGUUGUAAAAAUGAAAACUCCACAGAAAAAGGAAUCACUAUGAUGAAGUGUACUAAGAAGACUUAAUAGAGACCAAGACCCGUAAAGGGCAGGUAGCUAACAUUUACUGAGAAUUUGCUAUGUAAUCUGUUUAUACUUAAGCCAUAUUUGUUCUUUAUGACCCUGAGAGGCAAGCCCUUUAUAUCAGCCUUUUAUAAAUAGGAAACUGACAUGGAAGGUAGUUGGCUUUCCCUCACCAUACACUGAGGAAAUAGUAGAAUUAUGGUUCAGUUUUAUUCCUGCCAGUCCUCAAAGCCUCUGCUUUUGACUAUAGUUUGAGGGUUCCCAACCUGUGUGCUAGACAGCUUCAGUGGCUUAAAUGCGACCUCACAGUAAACUGAGCUUUGAGCAGGAAUGACUCAUAAAAACUUGUGGUGCCAUCAGCCUGAUAAACAAACCCAGAGGGCCACAAAGCUCUGCCUGCAGAGUUUCAACAGGGAAUAGUCUCAAAAUGGAUUCAGGGUGAAGGAUGAUUAACAGCCUUAGUCAGUCAAGCAGAGGGCCAGAUGAUCAAACAGGAAUAGAAUUUCAGUACACAACAAAGUAAAGAUGCUAUAUGUGCUGAUAGAAGCACAGAAGGUCUGGCUGGACAAAGUGCAGAAAGACAAUGAACUGGCCAAACGAGAGACUAGAAUUAUCUCAGAAGACAAAAAAGGCUUUGAAACUCAACAAUCUGGUCUGGCUGUCCUUAGGCCAUCCCUCACCAAAGAACCUAUUUCUUCCCUCUGUCCGUGCCAAAUAAAUGAUUCUGAGUGGUUUGCAUUGAGUCCACAGGAGAGAUUGGCCUGGGCAAAAGAAUCCAGAGACCCUAGGAUUUCAGAAGGUCAACGGUCUCCACUGGAGAAAAAGAUCCUGAGUUUUGGUGGUGUGCAUACAACAGCAGCAAGACACUUGGUAACUCAGAAAUGCCAAGAGGAGAGCAAAGCACUCUGCAAAGAGCAAGCUCUUUCUCUUGACUACUGGCUUGCAAAAGCAGAGUCGUAUUAUAAUAAAAGAAUAGUGGACAUGAUGAAAAAAGACACAGGUGGUGAAACAAAGACAAAAGUGGAAGAGGAACCACCACCACCACGCACAGAGAGACAGAAACAACAUUAUUGGGUGCCUGAGAGAGAGAAGAAGCAAAUAGAAAGGCACAUUCAUAGAACAGGCCAGGCCAGAGAAUUUAAGGACAAACCCUGGAGACAGCCACAACUCUUCAGUGAAACAACACUACCCAAAAUUGUGCUAGAGAAGGAAAUCAUCCCGAAAGCACAGAAAAGAAGGCAGGCACAUGAGAGAGAACUGCUCCAAAUUAAAGAUCACCGGGAGCGCAUGAUUCGAGGGAGGGAACUUCUACAGCAAAGGCUCAAAGAAAGAAUCUUGAGAAAAAGCCUGAGCCAGAUCCCGCUUCCUGAGAAGCGCCAUCGCGUGAAGAAACAGAGAAAAGAGUUUGAGAGGGUAGUUGCAUAUCCACUUUUUCAGCCAUCCUGUACCAGUCGGAUUAAAGUAGAUGUUCUUAUGGAAAAAUCUCAGGAGGAAGAGGACUUGAGCACAAUCAUAAAACCUUUCGGAAGGAAAUUCUUAGCUGUACCACCCUUUUUGAGAACUCAAAUAGGAAAAAUAAAGGAUCUGUAAAGUUUCAGAGCUUUGCUGAUAGAA